UGUUCUGUAAUGAACGUGUCGCGACUUAAACGGAACUUUUUGAUUUAACAUUUUAAAUUUAUUAAGAUUUGUAUUCUAUUUUUUUGUGAAUUUAUGAUAAUUACAUUGCGUUGAACUUUACAUGUCGUCAAUAUACUUUAGUUUCAUAUGAGUGAAUUCCGAAUUGUUUAAGUCUCGGUAGUUUUUAACUUUUGACUCGGCUUUCGGCGUUCAAAUAAAUUGUGUUGAUUCUGAACGUGUUAUAUAUAUAUACCACAGUGUUUUCUGUUAGUCGUGAACAUCAUGGACCAGAACAGUAUUACUCCUAAUACAUCAAAUCAGCAGCUUGUGAUUAAUGGUGAUAAUGAUUCCGCCACAGCACUUCUUCAAGAAAGACAGGGUAGAAGGAAUACCUUGAGAGAAGUUUCUUUCAAAGAAUACAUGACGGUUGGAAUAUUAUGCUUCAUCAAUCUCAUUAAUUAUAUGGAUAGAUUUACUAUAGCAGGUGUCCUUGAUGAUGUCAAGAAGGAGUUCGAAAUCGGCGACGACCUGGCGGGUCUGCUGCAGACCGUGUUCGUGGUCGCGUACAUGGUGUUCGCUCCGAUAUUCGGCUACCUGGGCGAUCGGUACUCUCGGCGCACGAUCAUGGCUUUCGGGGUCGCGCUGUGGUGUCUCACCACGUUUAUCGGCUCUUACAUAUCGACCUUCGGAAUGUUCGCAUUCUUCCGCGGGCUCGUGGGAGUCGGUGAGGCGUCGUACUCCACCAUCGCGCCCACCAUCAUCAGCGAUCUGUUCGUUGGCAACGUCCGCACCAAGAUGCUGGCGUUCUUCUACUUCGCGAUUCCCGUCGGAAGUGGUUUCGGUUACAUAGUGGGAUCGGAGGCUGGCGCGGCAGCACACAACUGGCGCUGGGGGCUUCGCGUGACGCCCUUUUUAGGAGUCGUGGCCGUGGCCCUCAUCGUCUGGGUGAUGGAGGAUCCCGAGAGGGGACAAGCUGAAGACAGCCAUAUGAAGCCUACCUCGUAUAGGGACGACAUACGCUCACUCAUCAGGAACCCUUCGUUCAUGCUGUCAUCGCUGGCCUUCACUUGCGUGGCGUUUGUGACAGGAGCGCUGGCGUGGUGGGGCCCGCAGUUCAUAUACCUGGGGCUCACGCUCCAGCCGGGCGUCGACAUCAAACUCGAAAACGUGUCGUACAAGUUCGGCGUGGUGGGCAUGUUGGCGGGCGCGUGCGGGGUGCCGCUGGGUGCCGCCACUGCCCAGCGCCUGCGCGUGCGCCACGCCGCCGCCGACCCCGUGCUGUGCGGCCUGGCGCUGCUGGCGUCGGCGCCACUCGUGUACCUGGCGCUGGUGGCCGUCACGGCAGCGCCGCCGGCCACCUACGUGAUGAUCUUCCUCGGCAUGCUCACCCUCAACCUGACCUGGUCCGUCGUGGCCGACAUCGUGCUGUAUGUGGUGAUUCCACCGCGAAGGUCUACAGCUGAGGCUUUCCAGAUCUUAAUAUCGCACAUGUUCGGAGAUGCCGGAAGCCCCUACUUGGUUGGAGUGAUCUCGGAAGCGUUGAAACGAUAUUACUCGUUUGCGCCGGAGGAGACCCCGAGCCAGGCGGUGCAGUUCAGGUCGCUACAGUACGCGCUGUUCGUGACCUGCUUCGUGGAGGUGGCCGGUGCAGUGUUCUUCCUCAUCACGGCCUUGUACAUCGUCAGAGAUAAACAGAAAGUCGACAGAGCUAUUGCUGUCGCUUCUAAAAUUGUUUAGGAGAAGCCGCGGCCCAACAAACCGAGCCAUCACACAGCAACGCCACGGAGGUCGCUGCCGCAGAAUAACAACACUUACAAAGGACAAUUAUAGAUCUAUCACUUAAUUUAAGUAUGAUUCCUCAUCUAUGUAACAUUAAUAAACAUGUUGAGAUGAUCGGAACAUACAUUGAGAAGACUGAUUUGUGUGCACAGCGCUUGGUUAAUGCCUAGUUAUAUUUGAAUGGGUUAUGUAGGAGAGUUUAUUGAAUGAUUCACUUUUAAAAGAGGUAAUAAACUAGUUGGUAUAUUAUUUAAAAUGUAGUCAGAUCUUAUGACUCUAACAAUCAUCAAAGAUAUUAACUGCUGCAUAAGCUGCUGUAAAGUAAAUUUUUUUCAUGGAUUGUUAAUUCUAAAAAUAUAUUUCUUCACAAACAUCCAAGUUACCAAAGUAUUGGAAUAGAUUCAAGGUAGAAUUAAAAUCAUAUUAUAUAGUUAUAUUGAGAGAAUGAUAAUUAGUUUUGUAUCAUAACUGAAGCUAAGAGGCCUGUACAUGUGCCUGUAGUGAGAUAGGGCUGGCUCCUGUACCUUCUAUGUGAAGGUUGUCAACAUCUCAUGUCGUUGAAGUACAUAUUGUUGCCAAUUACUUAUACUUAAUACCUCAAGCACUUGUUACACAAGUAGAAAGAUCAUAUUAUUUAUUUAAUGUUAAUGCAAUUGUAAUGUAACAAAAUUAUUUUAUAACUAUGAUUGAUCAAUGCAAAUUUUGGUAAGGUUGUUGUAGGUUACUCAUGCAGUUUAACAUUCAAAGAGGCCAAUUUCUUACAAUUAAUCUUGUAAGCAUAAUGUGGCGGUUUUAUUAUAUUUUUAAAUAUUAAUAUGUCACUAAUAUCAUAGAGUUUGCUCUCACAGGUAAACUGGAGAUUUCAAUUAUUUGUUUAUUUAGUAGUCUGUAUGUAUGUAGCCAGCCUGUGACAGUGAAACUUGAUAUAUAUAUGUAGAUCAUUUAUUUAUUUAAAAGAACAAAAUAAUAUGUAGGUUUUAAUUUAUUAUUGUAAUCAAUAUUAAUUUAUUUAACUAUAUAUAUUAUCUGAUGUUAAACUGUAAUGAAGACAAGGCUGAAAUUUUUUUCAAAAAUUCCUAUUAAAUAUAAUUAUUAGACAAUUUGUUUUUGUAAAUAAUGCAAGAAGUAUUCGAAUGAGUUGAAUUGAUAAAAAUAAAACACCUAAUUUAUUUUAUAA